UACUUUUGUGUCUCCUAUCGUAGCUUUGUGUGUUUUCCCUGCCCUGUGACUCUGAGGUGUGAAGACGGCUGCGAAAGCUGAGAAUGAGCUGAGGUCCUCACACCGUGAGCGGCAGCUGAAAUUCACCCAGGAUGGCUGGAGCCUCCGUCAAAGUGGCCGUCCGGGUGCGCCCUUUCAACGCCCGCGAAAUCAGCCGAGAUGCCAAAUGCGUGAUUCAGAUGCAGGGGAAAACCACAUGCAUCGUCAACCCCAAGCAGGCCAAAGACGCCCCCAAGAACUUCACCUUUGACUAUUCCUACUGGGACCGUGGAUCUCCCCUGUCUCCCUUGCAGGCGCAGGACCCCAACUUUGCUUCCCAGAGGCAGGUCUACAAGGACAUCGGGGAGGAGAUGCUGCUCCACGCCUUCGAGGGCUACAACGUCUGCAUCUUCGCCUACGGGCAGACCGGGGCCGGCAAGUCGUACACCAUGAUGGGCAAGCAGGAGAAAGACCAGCANNUCCUCUUUCGGCAGCUCUGUGAAGACCUCUUUGCCCGGGUGAGCGAGAACCAGUCUCCCCACCUCUCCUACUCGGUGGAGGUCAGCUACAUGGAGAUCUACUGCGAGCGGGUGCGGGACCUCCUGAACCCCAAAAGCCGUGGCAAUCUGCGUGUGCGGGAGCACCCCAUUCUGGGGCCCUACGUGGAGGACCUCUCCAAGCUCGCCGUCACCUCCUACGAGGACAUCGCCGACCUCAUGGACUGCGGCAACAAAGCCAGAACUGUGGCUGCCACCAACAUGAAUGAGACCAGCAGCCGGUCCCACGCCGUGUUUACCAUUGUGUUCACGCAGCGCCGUCACGAUGAACUCACGGACCUUGACACAGAGAAGGUCAGCAAGAUCAGCCUCGUCGACCUGGCCGGGAGCGAGCGCGCGGAUUCCUCGGGAGCAAAGGGUGUGCGGUUAAAGGAAGGGGCCAACAUCAAUAAGUCCCUGACGACGCUAGGCAAAGUCAUUUCGGCCCUGGCAGAGAUGAACAACAAGAAAAAGAAGUCCGAAUUCAUCCCGUACCGUGACUCGGUCCUCACCUGGCUGCUGAAGGAGAACUUGGGUGGCAAUUCCCGCACGGCCAUGAUCGCGGCCCUCAGCCCGGCUGAUAUCAAUUACGAGGAGACGCUGAGCACCCUCCGCUACGCCGACCGCACCAAGCAGAUCCGCUGCAACGCCAUCAUCAACGAGGACCCCAACGCCCGCCUCAUCCGGGAGCUGAAAGAGGAGGUGACCCGGCUCCGGGAACUGCUCUCUGCUCAGGGCCUUUCAGCGACCCCCUUUGCCGGCUCCAAGACGGACGACCCGGGUGGAGGAUCGGGCGGCCCGCCUUCGCUCUCCCCCUCCUCCUCCUCCCCCUCCCCCUCCUCUUGUGCCAGCACCACCGCGGCCCCCUCCCUCCUGCUGCAGCCCCUCGUUCUCAAUGGGGAGUCUCCUGAGUACCUCACUGCCACCGAGGAGGACAUCCUGUGCACGGAAGAGGCCAUGGAGAGGCUCCAGGAGACGGAAAAGAUCAUUGCCGAGCUGAACGAGACCUGGGAAGAGAAACUACGGAAGACGGAGGCUAUCCGGAUGGAACGGGAAGCACUCCUGGCAGAGAUGGGGGUGGCUCUCCGGGAGGACGGGGGCACCGUCGGGGUGUUUUCCCCCAAGAAGACCCCCCACUUGGUGAACCUGAACGAGGACCCCCUGAUGUCCGAGUGCCUGCUUUACCACAUCAAGGACGGGGUCACCCGAGUCGGACAGCAAAACGUGGACAUCAAGCUGACGGGGCAGUUCAUCCGAGAGCAGCACUGCGUCUUCCGCAGCGUCACCAGCGAAUCCGGCGAAGUGGUCGUCACGCUGGAGCCGUGCGAGGGGGCCGAGACAUACGUCAAUGGGAAGCAGGUGAUGGAGCCCCUGGUGUUGCGAUCAGGCAAUCGUAUCGUCAUGGGCAAGAACCACGUUUUCCGUUUCAACCACCCGGAGCAGGCGCGCCUGGAGCGAGAGCGCCACGUCCCCGUCGAGAGCCAGCCGGAGCCCGUGGACUGGAAUUUCGCCCAGCGGGAGCUGCUGGAAAAGCAAGGGAUUGAUAUUAAACUGGAGAUGGAGAAGAGCCUUCAGGACUUGGAGACCCAGUAUCGGCGAGAGAAGGAGGAGGCCGACCUGCUUCUCGAGCAGCAAAGACUGUACGCAGACUCCGACAGCGGGGACGACUCGGAUAAGCGCUCGUGCGAGGAGAGUUGGCGCCUCAUCUCGUCGCUGCGCGAGAAGCUCCCGGCCACCAAAGUCCAGAGCAUCGUCCGCCGCUGUGGCCUCCCCAGCUCUGGCAAGAAGCGGGAGCCGCUGCGCGUGUACCAGAUCCCGCAGCGGCGCCGGGUGGCCAAGGACCCUCGCUGGCUGACCCUGGCUGACCUCAAGAUGCAGGCGGUCAAGGAAAUCUGCUACGAGGUGGCCCUCAACGACUUCCGCCACUCCCGGCAGGAGAUCGAGGCCAUGAGCAUUGUCAAGAUGAAGGAGCUGUGCCGCCUGUACGGCAAGAGGGACCCCAACGAGCGCGACAGCUGGCGGGCGGUGGCCCGGGAUGUCUGGGACACGGUCGGGGUGGGGGAAUCGGACGGAGGUGGUCCAGGAGGAGGAGGAGGAGGAGGCGCCUCAGAGAGCCGAGCCAGCACGCCGGGGGUGGACGUGGACGACCUCCGGGCUCACAUUGACAAGCUGACCGACAUCCUUCAGGAGGUGAAGAUCCAGAACAACAUGAAGGAUGAGGAGAUCCGGGCCCUGCGGGAUCGUGUGGUCAAGAUGGAGCGGGUCAUACCCAUCUCGGCCCAGGAGGAUGAAGACCUUGAGAACGAGUGGGGUUCCUUGCUCUUUGCGGAGGGUCUGGACCCCGAGGGGGAGCCCCCGGAUCUGCGGACGGGCAGCCAGGACUCGCUGGGACCCCAGGAGCCAGAGCCGGAGGGGAGGUCCUCCGCCUCGCCCCCGCCCUCGUCCUGCUUCGAGCGCGUCUCCCGGCUGAUGGAGAAGGACCCUGCCUUCCGCCGGGGGCGCCUCCGAUGGCUGCGCCAGGAGCAGGCCCGGUGA